AUGUCAGAUUUGAAACAACAAGAAAAGUAUACACAUCAUCACCAUUCUGACGAACAUCAAACGAAGAUACAGGUAACCAAAUUAACACAGGUGAUUCAGAAAUUUUUUGCUAAAGCUGCCCAGAUUGUAUUGGAAGCCAGGGCGUAUCCUGAAACUAUAUCUCCAUCGCUAUAUCCUACCAAAGAAGAAUCAAAUAAAUUGAAUAAAUGGUUUAAUUUGUACAUGAAUAGUAUACCUGAUAUUACUAAAGAUGAUUUGAGAUUAUGGAAAACACCUGAACUUGCAAGUUUGCCUCCGAUGAUUAUAGAAACUUAUAUCGAUUUGAGGCAAUUGCCUCCCAAUCAGAUAUUGGUAUUAUUUGAUGAUAUUAAACACCCCUGGACCGUUGCUAAAGGUGGGGGUAAGAAAUUGGAAGUUGUUUUAGAAAGAUGGUUGAUUGAAUUUGAACCAAAUUCUUCCAAUGAUCCUGCUGUUAUGGUUGAUGAGUUGCCUCUAAGUUACAAGCAAGCAAUUAUUUUGUUUAGAAGCAUCUACGGCUUUUCCAGAUUGAUGCCUGCUUUUAAAGUAAGAAAGAAUCUACACAAUAAGUUGCCCUUGGGUAAUAAGAUCUUGGAUGGUAAUCAACCAAUUAGUUCUAAAGGAAGAAUUGGGUUAUCAAAACCAAUUAUAAACUCCAAUUCCACUGAAUCCCACAUGAGUCAAAAGUUUUUCCAGCCAGUGCAAACAAGUCUUGGAUCAUUAAAAAUUUCGGUUGCCUAUAGAAAUGAUUCUGACUUUUGUGUUCAUGAAAAUGAGGAAUUGCUUCUGACUCAUUUUAAACGUCAUGAUCAGGAAGAAUUUUGCAAUAAAAAGAAGAUUUCCUCGUCAUUAUCACCAAACUCUUCGACAUCAUCAAAGGAAACAUCGACUUCACCAAAGAAAUCACAAACGCCAAUACGCAUUCAGCCAUUUAAGGUCGGUUCUAUGAGUUCUUCUCCACCACCUAUCCCAACCAUUCAAAAUCAACCAAUUUUGCAAUCCUCAUCUUUGGAAAGACGUGUUUCGAUCACUAGUAGCAAAUCAACAUCCAAUGCAUCGCUUGCGGCAUUUUUGCGUAACCCAAGAAGUGGUACACCAUCAACAAACACCAUUCCAAUUGUUAAUACAAAUCCGGUUUAUGGUACUUCUGUCCCUCGAUCUGUGAGUUCAUCUACAGGUCAUGAUGAUUCGUACUUGGUUAAUGCAGAUAGUUCAAAUAACACACCAAGGUUUUCUUCAUCAUUUGGUUCUCGUGUCAGUAGAAGAUUCAGCAGUGCCAGUGCUAGACAGCAAACACCACAAUCAGAUUUAUUAGGUCAUAGUAAUAGUGUUGAUGCUGCACUUAGUGAAACAGAAGGCGGUGAUGAUGAAAGUGAUGAUAUUAGUGAUUUCAUUCGUAUGCUUGAUAGCAAGUCUGAUUUACGAUUAGGUAAUGCUGGUGGUGUUAGUUCUAGUAGUAUUGCAGUUAAUGAUACUUUGAACAAGUACCAAUUAUUGCGUAGCCAACACCAACAAUUAAGUGAUAGUGCAAAUGCUAGCUCAAUGUUGCAUGGAUCCCGUCAUUCAAGCAGAAAGAGUUCAUUAAAUUCACCUCCGGGUUCAUAUGACCAUGCACAUGUUAUGUCGUCAAUUCAUUCUAGGGUUAAAGAUUCUAGAUCGAAAGGUGAUGAACAAUUUGCAAGGUUUAUGUCAUCACCAAAGAGAAGUUCAACUGUUUCGCCAACUGGAAGCACUCCUUCACAACUUCCUCAUCAUACAGCCACUACCACUACUACCACUACAAUUGUUUCAUCCAAUGUUGGUGGUAGUGCUACUAAAAGUGCAGCUACCACUGCUGUUGUUGUUAGUGGGUUAGCAACAAGUCCAUCUGUAUAUGACUACCGAUCAUCAAGAUAUGAUGAUGCGUUUGAAGAUGAAGACGAACCACAUAGUGGGCAAAGUAGUGGAAGCCAUAGCCAUGAAAAGAGUAAACUUAAAUCGAGUAAAAAAGAUGAAGAUGAUGAAGAUGAUUUGCUAUUUACUAUGAGUGACAUGAAUUCAAAGCCAUUCUAA